CAGACACGGACAGACGAAGGGAGUUAGUUACUGCGUCUCCAGCAAGACUGUUACCGGGCAUAAGCCGUUCACCAUUGUUGUUGUUCUUCUUGAUUAUCUGAACUCGGACGAAACGUUACACAGAGUGAACAUGACAUUAUUUGCUCAUCAACUUUUCAUCCUCCUAUGGAUUGUUGUCACAGUGUUAUCUGUUUCUGUAGGGGCAGAGUCCAACACCUCAACUCCUGGCACACAUGGCAGCUCUGGGCCCACAGAUACAUCCAUGACCCCAGGAGAUAGAUCCACCACCCUCUUAUCCACAAAGACCCCAGUCUCCACUGAACCCAGCUCCACCACCACAGACAGAGCCACCACCACCAUCCAGGACCCCUCAACUGUCCUCACUAGCACUGAGGGCACCUCACCCACAACAGCAGCCAUCUCUAAAACUGAAGAGGUCUCUACUACAACAGACCGGACCUCAAAUUCUGAUACGACAGAGUCUACACGAGCAGUCAGCACCACUGCGACAGAAACCAUAACUAUCUCGUCAGUCAGCAUAGCAGAGAUUACUUCCUCCCACAAGACCACAGCGUACACUGUCACUUCCCCUGAGUCGACGGAAAAAGACAGUCCAUCUACAGACAGCGGCACGACACCACCUGCCCUUAGCAGAGGUGUCUCUCUGUCUACCACGGAACAUAACGGAACCUCCUCCUCUGUCACCACUGAGACAGGCCGUACCUCAGCUGAUGUCCCCACAGAGUCAAACACAACUCCAGACAUUGUCCCAACCAGCAGCACCAAAGAGCCAGGCAAACAUGAAACAACAGCUAUCAAUACAGCUACCACAGAUACAGGUACCAAAGACAGUGAGACCACAGGUACAGGGAUCAUAAAGACCACCAUCCCACCAACUGGUCAGACCUCUCUCCCAGUAACAGAGGGUAGUACCCUGUCUUCUACACACUCCGCCGCCACUACAAAGGGCCCUGAGACCUCUCUCCCAGUAUCACAUAGUACCCUGCCCUCUUCCUCGACCAGCGCCAAUACAGAGGGCUCCCAGAUCCCCACUACAAAGGGCAAUGUGACCUCUCUCCCAGCAUUCCAUAGUACCCUGCCCUCUUCCUCGACCAGCGCCAAUACAGAGGGCUCCCAGAUCCCCACUACAAAAGGCAAUGUGACCUCUCUCCCAGUAUUCCAUAGUACCCUGCCCUCUUCCUCGACCAGCGCCAAUACAGAGGGCUCCCAGAUCCCCACUACAAAAGGCAAUGUGACCUCUCUCCCAGCAUUCCAUAGUACCUUGCCCUCUUCCUUGACCACCGCCAAUACAGAUGGCUCCCAGGUCCCCAUUACAAAGGGCAAUGUGACCUCUCUCCCAGCAUUCCAUAGCACCUUGCCCUCUUCCUCGACCAGCGCCAAUACAGAGGGCUCCCAGAUCCCCACUACAAAAGGCAAUGUGACCUCUCUCCCAGCAUUCCAUAGUACCUUGCCCUCUUCCUUGACCACCGCCAAUACAGAUGGCUCCCAGGUCCCCAUUACAAAGGGCAAUGUGACCUCUCUCCCAGCAUUCCAUAGCACCUUGCCCUCUUCCUCGACCACUGCCAAUACAGAGGGCUCCCAGGUCCCCACUACAAAGGGCCCUGAGACCUCUCUCCCAGUAUUCCAUAGUACCUUGCCCUCUUCCUUGACCACCGCCAAUACAGAUGGCUCCCAGGUCCCCAUUACAAAGGGCAAUGUGACCUCUCUCCCAGCAUUCCAUAGUACCUUGCCCUCUUCCUUGACCACCGCCAAUACAGAUGGCUCCCAGGUCCCCAUUACAAAGGGCAAUGUGACCUCUCUCCCAGCAUUCCAUAGCACCUUGCCCUCUUCCUCGACCACUGCCAAUACAGAGGGCUCCCAGGUCCCCACUACAAACGGCAAUGUGACCUCUCUCCCAGUAUUCCAUAGUACUUUGCCCUCUUUCUCGACCACCGCCAAUACAGAGGGCUCCCAGACCCCCACUACAAAGGGCGCUGUGACCUCUCUCCCAAUGACAGAUAGCACCCCGUCCUCAACCCCCACCGAUACCAUUACAGGGAGCCCUCAUACAGACAAAACCAAUGGAACAGAGGGGACUACAGAUUCUACAACCACAACUGGCACUCCAGCCUCGCCCCCCACCUCCAGCCCACCCUCUCCAGGCUCAACCCAAACCCCAGGCAGCAGCACUGCUGCCCCCAUAGACACCUCCACCACCACCCCUGCCCCCUCACCCACCAUCACACCUACAGGAGAAACUCCUGGACAACCAACUAGCAAAACUAGUGAGAGCCCACUUCCUCCUUUCCACACCUCCACCUCCCCUAUUGGUGGAAGCACCACCCAGCCAGAGUCAGCCAUCACUGCUGCCACCUCCCUGCCUCCACCAAUCUCCAUAGUGUGUCCCUCCACUCCCUGUCCAUACAAUAGCAUCUGUCUCAGUGGCACCUGCCAGUGUGUGUCUGGGACCUUCCUCUUAGAGGGCAGCUGUGUACCAGCCCAAGUGUUCUCUGGAGAACUACAUUUCAGCCAGACAUUUCAGGAAGAAAUGAGCAACCGGUCAUCAGUGAUAUUUCAGAAAACAGCAGCCAAGAUCUCAGAGGCACUGAGAGGAGCCUUGGAAAACAUGUCUGGAUACAACCAAACUGAUGUUGUGCUGCUUAGGCAAGGCAGUGUGAUAGCGACCGUGAACAACGUGUUUAAACUAGGUUCCAGUGCCACCCAGACUUCGACCGUUGCCGCUAUAGAGAAAGCCAUACAAGGAUGUGAGACGACCUGUGGGACUGUACUGGACAGAGCUACAUUUACCGCCACCAACCUAUGUGAUCAGACCCCCCUACCGUGUGAUGUCCCCUCUACUACUUGUGAGUACAAAGAUGGAGUGACCAGAUGCUUCUGUAAAGCUGGCUACAUCAACAGCCUCUACUCAAACCGCAGCUGCACAGCCUGUCCCAGUGGUCAAAGGGCAGAGGGAGACACAUGUGUGCCAUGCCCGUUUGGCUACGCUGGAUUCAACUGCACUGACUCGGCUCUGUUGGCAGUGGUGGUCAUCGCCUGUGUACUGGGGGGAGUCCUUAUCAUCAUGCUGCUGGCCCUGUUUGCGUACUGCUGCUGGUGCCGGUCGCAGUCGGUGAAUAAGCCUUCAGCAGACUUCAGCAGCCCGUACCCUGUGGAGGACUUCCAGGGCCCCUGGUCCACCACCCAAGGCAUCACCCCGAUCCCCCGAGCCAACACCAACUGGGACUCAGCCCCCAUGGAGAUGACCGAGGGGGGUGGAACACACGACAAGAAUCCCCACACCAACGGAGCGGGAUUCCACAUCAUGCAUAAACGGGGGAAGAAGACCGGGUCGUAUGACCUGUCCUCAGACAGCAUGAACACGUUCAAGGGGAAGAACCAGUCUCGCUACUCCUACCUGGUGCAGGGCCACGAGAACCCUUACUUCAUACCUGCAGAAGAGAGGAGACCCGUAUGAGAACCUCAGUGACGUCUGGAGACAAGGACCCGUAUUCACAAAGCAUCUUAGAGCAGAAAUACUGAUCUAGGAUCAUUUUUGCCUUCUUAAAUCAUAAUGACUAAAAAGGGAAGACCUGAUCCUAGAUCAGCACUCCUACUCUGAGAUGCUUUGUGAAUAUUUGCCAUUGAGAGGAGAGAAUGACAGGUUAGAGAGAGGAGGGAAGGCUACAGGGAAGGUGGGGGGUAUCUCACAAAAAUGGCUAAAGAUCAAAUUGAGAAGUCACUGACUUAUAGUAACACCGGGUAUAGGUACAUCCUCUCACUGUAUUGUGUUGAACUGUGUAUAACUCUGUGUAUACCUUUUAAUCAGGAAGUUCUGGUAGAUGCCCUAUACUGUAUAGGGCAUCUGGAGUAAUUCAUGGUUUACAGUCAUUCAAGGACUGGAGUCAUUUAUGAUUUAACGACACAACUACAAGGGACUUGACAGCAGGGUUUUAAAUAUGUUCUUCUUAAAUAGAGUCUCAAAAUCAGCUUUAUGAUUCAGAACGAUCUGGGGUCAAACAUUCACUGACUUCACAGGGAUUCACUUCAAUAACUGACACCACCAAAGAGGAUUUUGUUCACUAUAAAUUCAUUGUUUACUUUUGAAACAUUCCGUUCAUCUGAUCAUAUUCUUUAUCCUGUUCUACAUUACAAUUCUGAACAAGAUUUAUAAAAAAUAUAUAUAAUAUUAUGUUUUAUUUGUGUCUAUUAGGCUGCAUUUAGACAGGCAGCCCAAAUUAUAUUUUUCUCACUAAUUGGUCUUUUGAAAGAGAUCUGAUGUGAAAAGAUCUGAUGUGGUUGGUCAAAAGACCGAUUAGUGGGAAAAAAGGUCAGAAUUGGACUGCCUUAAACGCAGCCUUAUUGAAUGAAGAGUGAGCUGAGUAUAGCUCGUCAUAGCAAGUAGGUGUCACCAUUGUUCAGGGUCAAGCUUUUCAUGUUCUUUUUUUCUGCAGUAUGCUGGUACAGUUAGUUACCUGUAUUUCUAUGUCUUAUUGAAGAGAUUACUGAUAUAUUUUAUUGAAGAUUGGUCAUUCUGCAUUGUAGUGUCUGUGCUCUCACAAUCACCAUAGUAUUUCAAAAUGAUUCAUCUCUUGCUAAUUGCACUAAAUUAUAUAUUGUGUUUCACUACAUGUUAUUUGUUUGGGUCGGGGGGAAUCAUAGACACAUUCUCAGUGAGAGCAAAUGUAUUUUUGUAUUUUUACUUUAGGAUUGCUUGUGUUUUGAUGAGGGAAGCUGUGUGUGUGAAUGGUUGAAGGAGCUGGAUCCCUAGUUCAGGGGUUUAUACAGAAAAGGGAUAUUUUGUAUUAGUCUGGUCUGGAGCUGAGUAGACCUACAUUCUCUGUUAUUAGUAGCUUCCCUGCUGAAGCUGUCUGCAUCUGCAAACGUGCCUAUUUCGAUUGGUCUUUUUGAAGAAUAGGAAAAUUAUGCAAAAAAAGCUCUCGACAAAGCUUGUUCUCGGAUGUGCCAAAUACCAUAUCUAUACACUUCCGCAAAAAUGUUAUGUUUCUGGAAGUCUUUCAUGUGUCUGUGUGUAUUUGUGAGUACGUGUGUCUUGGAGACAGUGCACUAUUUUCUAAAUGUAUAUACAACUUUUGUAAAUGAAACGUCUUACUGCAGAGAAUGAUGGAAGUGCGAUGAAAAUAAAUUAAUACAC